UUACUUUCGUUCUGUCGCUGUGUUUGAAGGAGUAGGUCACUGUGGUGAACGAGCUGAAAACACAGCGCUGUGAAGAAUUAGCCAAGAUUAGCCUCCAAAACUACUGACAACUGAAAACUACUGACAUCAUGUCUCGAGUUGGACCAGCCCCAUUUAAAACAACACGAAAAGAAUUAAUCAAAUACUUCAUUGUUCUGGCUGGAAACACUCUCAACUGCCACGAGAAAAUACUAGAGUGUCUCAGUGAAAAGCGGAAUCUGCGGAAGGUUUCUAAUGCGCAGGACUGUCACGUCAUUCUGGUUUUCUGUCCCAUUGUUUCUCGAGCUGGAACUGACAUUGAAUCAGCACUCAAGAAGCUCAAUGAAGAAUCAGACACCAAGCCUGCUGUUCUGAUGGUGCUCCAUCACACAUUUGAUUCAGACAGCAUCGUUUCAGACAGCAGAAAUGCUGUAAGGAGGGAAAAUACAGACACUGUAGACAUUCUGUUCCAUGAAGAUCGGGGACUGCUGAACUGCUCUAAAAAUGAUAUGGCUUUAAGAGCAGCCCGGAAGAGCUUGACAAAGCUGAGAAAAAUAGCAACGGGCAUGGAUAGAAAAACACUACCAAAUCAUGGAAAAGGAAAUGCGUUCGAAUGUGACAGACUAAGAGAAGACCCAGAUACUGAAGACAAUGAAGAAUCAACGACCAAAUGCUUUUGUCUUCCAAAAUCAAAAAAAUCAAAAAGGAAAUAGCUUUUUUUUCUCCAAAAAAUGGCAUUAUUACAACCCUUUAAACAGCUGUUUACUGAUGCAUAUAUUUAUUUUGGCCCAUGUUUGUUAUAGUAAAUGGGAAAUUCCACCAGUUUUUCAGAGUUUCUUGAUAAUUCAGUUCAAUAGUUUAAUUUAAAUUCAGUUGCAAACAGUAUCAUUUAGAUGCUUUUGAAUGGAAAUAUUUUAUUAUGAAAAAACAUCCCAAACUGCAGCAGCAAUGUGGGUGGAAAUAUAUGUGUAGCAUUGACAGUGAGACAUUAGAAUGAGUUGUUACUGUUUUUGCUCUGUCGAUACCAGCUUCUGAUUCUCAUGCUAUAUAACGGAAUUGCUCAGGAGGCCCUACAUGAGACUCUCCUGUUGCAUUUUUCUUGACAUCUGUCAAGUAAAGUAACAUUAAUACUGCAGACUAUGUUUUAAUGCUGUCUGCUCAGAAAGAAUAGAGGCUGAGGCUUUCAGCUGAGUGGAAGGUUUACUUGCACAUACACAACAGUACACACAUACAAUAAAAUUCAAAAUGCAUAUCAACAUUACAUUAUUAAAGUAUUAUGUAUUAUUAUCAUAUCAGAAUAUUAUGAUUAUCUCAUAAAAUGACAUGGUGGUGGUGUGUUUGUGUGUGUUGUGUUGGUGUGAGUGGAUCAGACAAAGCAGGGCUGCUGGAGUUUUUAAACAUCUCAGUGUCACUGCUGGACUGGAAUAAUGCACCAACCAACUGUGGGCAGCAUCCUGUAACCACUGAUAACUUUACAUCUACGUGAUAGAGCAACUACGACGGAGUGUCUAAUGCUAUGUUCACAUUACCAGGCUAAAAUCUGAUUUUUUGCUCCAUGUGGCUCAGAUCUGAUUUUUUCAUGGCUUUGUGAACGUGCCAAAUCAGAUUUUUUCAAAUCAGAUUUAAGUCACUUUCGUACGUGGUCCUAAAUCUGAAAAAUCUCCGAUCCGUGGACAAAUGUAAACGGUUAAAUCGGAAUUCAUGUUUUUUUGCUUUUACUUAAGACCAGCUGUUUACUAUUUACUCGAGCAAAAGAUGCUCCACAUAUGAACUGCUAAAGCAUUAAUUUCCCUUUAUGAAGCUACGAGUCGUCUCUCAAUUAUGACGUUUUUUGUUGUUGUGAAGAACACGUAUCAAUGUGCGCAUGUUAGAUGUUUCAGGGACAGAUUCGUUCACAUUACACACAGAUACAGAUCACUUACAUUUGUGAAUGUGAACCGUCAAGAUAGCCAAAGAUGAUCUGAGCAAAAAUUGGAUUUGAGCAAGUUGGCUUGAAAUGUGAACGUAGCCUAAUAGAGUGCACAGUGAGUGGACAUCAUGUUUAAAAACUCCAGCAGCAUUGCUGUAUCUGAUACCUGCAUGAGUGAUAAGAAUUACACACCACUUGAAUAAUAGUCGGUCUGGGUCGCUCUGUGGGGUUCAGACCAUUAAGAAACAAGGUGAAAGAAGGAUAAUAAAGUGUGCUAAAAACCGAAUGACUGAAGUCAUUAUAUGGCCUGUGGAGCUGAAAAACUGACAAACAAUGUAGAAAAAGGGAGGUGAUCAUAAAAUUCUGUAUGACUGCUUAUAUUGUUACUGAUAUACAAAUAUUUUGUUUGCUAUUUUCUGUUUCUUUGACAUAAGAUUAUUUGGUAAAACAUUAUUUAAAGUCGUUUCUAGAGGCAUUAAACUAAUCAGGCUUCUGGCUCCAAUCAUUACCCCUGUGAACUAUUCUGACAUGGUGUUAUAUAUAAAAAAAAAAAGAACAAAUGGUGGAAUUGCCCUUCACUAAUGUAUUAAUUCAUUCAAAUAUGGCAGCCAAUAUAUAAUAAUAUAUAACUUGUAGUACUCUGAUCAUUGUUUGGAUGUGUCAUGAAGCAAUAUAGCUGAUGUUUAGAUGUUUAUGUUUACCUUCUUUGAUGUAGAGCUAGAACAAAUACACCAGUAAUUAAUUUUAAGUGACGCUCUUUACCACAUCUAUAUGUAUUACAUAUUCUAAUAUUUGUUUAAAUUUUGUAUUUUACAUUCAUCUUUAGACAAAUAAUCAUAGUGUCUCUGAUGGUAAUGUCAUAUGCUUAUAAUUUCUUUUUUUAUUAUGCCUUUGUUUUGCAUUUCUGCAUGCUCUUUGUAUGUGUUUGAGACAAUAAAUUGUAUGGAAAAGUG